CAGUCUUCCGCGCGAACCCGGCCGGUCCCCGCUCUGUCACUUCACAGUAGUCGUUGCCGGUGGCGGGUGAGGGGGCGCGAGCAGCGCAGGACGGCCUCUCCCCCGCCCCUCAGGCCGGGCCUGGGCUCGGUCUCCCCGCUCCCUCCGCUCCCCUCCCUCGUUGGGUACGGGAAGGGCCAAGCAGCUGCCGGGUGCCUGAGGGACUUAGGGGCUGCAGCCGCCACGGGUCCCGAUGGAGCCGCCGAAUCUCUAUCCCGUGAAGCUCUACGUGUACGACCUGUCCAAGGGCCUGGCCCGGCGGCUCAGCCCCAUCAUGCUGGGGAAACAACUGGAAGGCAUCUGGCACACCUCCAUAGUUGUACACAAGGAUGAGUUCUUCUUCGGCAGUGGCGGUAUCUCCAGCUGUCCACCGGGAGGGACGUUGCUUGGGCCCCCAGAUUCUGUGGUUGAUGUGGGGAGCACAGAAGUCACAGAAGAAAUCUUCCUGGAGUACCUGUCCUCCCUGGGGGAGUCUCUGUUCCGAGGUGAAGCCUACAACCUCUUUGAACACAACUGUAACACCUUCAGCAACGAAGUGGCACAGUUCCUGACCGGGCGGAAGAUCCCUUCUUACAUCACCGACCUUCCCUCUGAAGUUCUCUCCACGCCCUUUGGACAGGCCCUGAGGCCCCUCCUGGACUCCAUCCAGAUCCAGCCUCCCGGAGGGAGCACAGUGGGCCGACCCAACGGCCAGAGCUAACAGGACUGCAUGGGACCGCCCUGCCUCAACAGGGCUUUUCCUUUUUAAACAAAACAAACCCUACCAGAUUUCUAUUUUAUAAUUUUACAUCGGAGCUAACAACCAGGGAACGGCUUUUUAAAUUUCCCAGGGAAGGAGAUCAUCAGGCUGCAUGUAGGACAAUGCUGCUAAGAAACAGAACAAAACGCCAUCCCUUCUAAUAGUAUUAUACUAAUUUAUUAAGGCUGUCUUGUCUGUGAGUUCACUUUUGACGCUGCUUCCUAAGCGUCCUCCACACUGGAGAAACAGAGGGGAUUUGUUUAAGCAGAAAGCAAGAGACAUAGUCUAGGGGAGCCCCAGCCCAGAACCUCUUUCCAGAGAAUGCCCACGCUCUACCCAGGUUGCCACCACCUGUGGGACCCAGGUGAGUUUUACAUUAUCCAUGACCUGGAAGCAGUUACUCUCCACCAUUAAAUGAACCAAAGGAUUUGGUGCACAUGGGGCCAGUUUCAGGAUGAUUAACCCAACCUAAGUGAACUCUUUAGCCAUGAUCUCUCUCACCUUUCCUCUCCUCCCCCAAGCAAGGCCAUGGGGCGGGCUCAAGAUGGAGGGGGAGUAACAGCAAGUGUCAGGCCAGAGGAAACAGGAUAAAGCCAUUCCUCCCUCCACCUAGACUGAUUGCCAGCCCUCUGACAUCAAUCUUGGAGAACCUGCUUUGCUGUCUACAGGCUGCAUUUCCUCAGUAUAGCUGACCUGUCAUAGUUAAUGAAGGUCUGGAGCAGCAGAGACCUUUUGCCUGCAAGUAAUAAUGUAGGUUAUUUGCGGUCACUGUACCCACCCCACCCAGACCGAUAUGCAGUGUUCAGCUAGGGACCAAGGGGGAAUGAUUCCCUGCUCUUGGAAAAUAUCCCUGAUGUAGAAAGAAUAAUGAUGCAGAAUCAAGGUGGCAAGAAAAUUUAGAGUUAUUUCUGAUAGGGGUUUUUACCUUAUCCUAAAUGUGUUUUGAAGGCACGUGUUAUUUCUGGUGUCAUUCUGACUUUAAAGAAGCAAGGUUGAGGGCAUGAGUGGGCAUUUUCAUGAAGAGCUGCUGCUAAGAGCUUAUAGGCAAAGAAUAAUCUGAAAGUUUCUAAUCUGGAGAGGCUUUCAUAUUCUCUUUCUUCAUGUGAACCUCCUUUAACUUGGGAGAGUGAAUGUGGAGAAGAACUCAGAGCUGCGUGGUACCUGAGUCCCAGCCCUGGCAUCCUCGGGCCCCUCAUGCCAUGGCUCCUGCCACUUCUCAGACUUGAAUUAUGUUCUCUUUCCUGGCGUCUGGCCUGCAGCAGUUGCCUUUCCUCACCAAAAAGCUGCUGCUCACCUCUGGCCUCAUCUCCUCCCAUCUCUGCCAUUAGCCAUGGCAGUUGGCCUCAUCAGGGUCUCAGCUAGAGGACAAGAUGUUAUUCUGCCUUAGUGUUUGCCUGUGACCUGACCAGGGCACGUCCAUGAUGACUAGCUGUGAUGUCAAGUGACAUUUUGGAACUGUUAAGAUUGGAAGCCAAACCAGUGAGCACUUUAAUUCUUCUCAAGACCCACUGAUUUGCCAGUGUGCAUGGUAAUAAUACAUUAGAGCAGAAACUAUCAGGGGCUGUUAUUUAAUGUUGACCGACUGGCAGAAGUGGGCCAUGGAGAAUGGGUUUCAGGCUGGCUUUCUCCUGGGAGGGCAGCAUGUGGAUCAAGGCCAUUGCUCUGCUUCUCAGCUGCUGGGUUUCUCUCCUUUUUCAGCUUGCCUUGCCCAGCCCUCUCUCUCUUCCAGGCUCCUGCUCCAGACCUCCCUGUCCAGGGCACUCAGCCCUGGCCAGAGCAUGAUGGGCAUCACAAACUCCUUCUCUUCUCUCUCCUCCCACAUCUAGGCUCCACUGAUUUCUCUCCUUCCUGUAGUCACCUCCAGACCCAGGGCUGUACCACAAAGUUAGCCUGAGUGGCUCCCCUGAGAGACUUAGAGUCACUUGGUUCAUUGAAAGCCACCCUUCAUGUGCAACAGCCACUUGUGCCAAUGCCUGUGCCUUAGGGUUUGUGGGGAAGAAGGAGGGAUCAAUAAGCCGUCUUCUCAGCUCUGCAGGAAGGCAAGCCCUCCCUCCCCCACCCUAGUCCCACCAUCACUAACUGGAAACCUGGUCUCAGGCUAGGAACCCCCCUGACCCCAUCCUCACAUUUCUCUGUCUAUCCCAGAGCCUCAGGAGCCUGCUCACUGUGACCAGCUAGCUCCACAUGGGCGUGCGCAGGCAAGCAGAGCGAGAAGGAAGAUGUGUGUGAUUGUAUCACACGGGUGGACACCUCUAUCGAGGUCUGUUGGUUUAAAGGGACAGGGAAGGAGGAGGAGGGAUGAGACUGUCACCCCCUCCCAGAAAUAAAGUUUGUACCUUUGAGAUUCCUUUUCGCCCUUGAAGUCAAACUAAUAAUUGUGUCUAGUACGGAGGUGUUUGCUGUUUUUCUUUGGUAUUUUUUCUAAUGCAAUAAACUCAUUUCUGCCUGCGG